UUUUACUAGUUGAAAGAAACUUGAGAAUGGAAGCUCACUGAGUAUUUUUACUGUAAUUUAACAAAAUCACUUAUCAUAUCAUGGAUUUAGUAAAUAUAAAUCCAAAACGAAAGGUUUUGCAAGUGGUCGUAGCGAGUAUUCUGAACGAAUCGGGAUUCGAUGCAGUUGAUAAAGAUGCUUUGGAUACUAUAACAGAAAUGUUACAAUGCUGUAAGUUCUUAACGGCACAAAAGCAAACAAAUAUUCUGCAAGCUGGUGUUAAGAGUGCACACCCUCCAUAUAUACCUGUCCAUUUGCCACCGCUGCCAGAUCCUCAUGCUUAUAUAAGGACACCUACACACAAACAACCUGUAACAGAGUAUGAAGCCAUCAGAGAAAAAUCAGCGAAUCAAAAGCGGGAUAUAGAAAAGGCUUUGACAAGGUUUUUGGCCAAAACAAGUGGCACACAUUCGUUAUUUGAUAGUGAUGACAAUUCAAUGUUUCCGUUGAUAGCUUGCAAGCCUGUAUUUCCUACUUACUUGAAUCCACUUCUACCUACUGAUCAAGUAUUUGAUUUUGAGGAACUAGAAUACCAUUACCAAGUAGCAAAUCGAACUGAAGAUUUACCAGAUACAAAGAAAGAUGGAGAAAAUGAAGAAGAAGCUGAAUCUGAAAAUAAAAAUGACAGUGCUAAUACAUCUCAAAAUAGUAUCCAACAAUCUCAAAACAGUAGUAAUAUUGACAAUCCGUACUUACAGGCUGCAAAAAUACCCAAAACAAAAGAAUGAAGGAAUGUAAAAUUGAUAUUUUUUACACUAUGUAUAUAUGUUAAUAUAUAUUUUAU